CGUAGAUGUACUGGGUGCUUUACAGUUUACCGCAUAGCGAAUAUAAUCAUAACGAUUUUAUAUCGCAUAAAAGAUACCUGUGAUUUUUGCGAAAAGGCUGGCGCGUAUAGUAUCGAUCGUGCCAGUUUGAAUACACCAUCGUAUUUUCAAUCAAUGAUAAAAUUUAUCUAUUAUAUUCAGUCUGAGAUCAAUAAAAAAGGGAUUAAACUGUUCCAUAUGGGUGAUCGAUGAUAAAUAUCCCGUUUAAAAUCGAUAUUUUGUUAGGACAGCAGACGUCUCGCGGGCUUAAAGAGGGCUACGCCUACUUUUUAAAUGAACUGCUCACGUGAAUUUUAUAGUGAAUGAAUGUGUUAGUUGACAUCAAUCUUUUUGCCAAUUCCAAGCGAAAUUUAUUUGAAACUGUUUGCAAAGUUUGGUUUUACAUAAAUAACGAUUCACAAUGACGAGUCGUGGGAUGCCAAAAAUUAGUAAUGAAGAGAGGGAGACCAAAUUUGGCUAUGUUUAUGCAGUAUCUGGUCCUGUUGUUACUGCAGAGAAAAUGUCAGGAUCAGCUAUGUAUGAAUUGGUAAGAGUAGGAUAUUAUGAACUGGUAGGAGAAAUUAUUCGUUUGGAAGGUGAUAUGGCUACCAUUCAGGUAUAUGAAGAAACUAGCGGUGUGACUGUAGGAGAUCCUGUCUUACGUACUGGAAAACCAUUGUCUGUAGAACUUGGACCUGGUAUCCUUGGCAGUAUCUUUGAUGGUAUUCAGCGGCCAUUGAAGGAUAUCAAUGAGCUUACAAGCUCAAUUUAUAUCCCAAAGGGUAUCAAUGUACCAGCAUUAUCAAGAACCGCUAGCUGGGAAUUUAAUCCAUCCAAUAUCAAAAAUGGUAGCCACAUUACUGGUGGAGAUUUAUUUGGCAUAGUUUAUGAAAAUACAUUAGUCAAACACAAGAUGAUUUUACCUCCAAAGAGUAAGGGAACUGUUACUUAUGUAGCACCUGCUGGAAACUAUACAGUUAAUGACAUUGUUUUGGAGACAGAAUUUGAUGGUGAGAGACAUAAAUAUACCAUGCUUCAGGUAUGGCCAGUCCGUCAACCUCGUCCAGUUACUGAAAAAUUACCAGCUAAUCAUCCUUUACUUACUGGCCAACGAGUAUUGGACUCUCUUUUCCCAUGUGUACAAGGUGGAACAACUGCUAUCCCAGGAGCUUUCGGUUGUGGUAAAACUGUCAUCUCGCAAGCUUUAUCGAAGUAUUCGAACUCCGAUGUUAUUAUUUACGUUGGUUGCGGAGAGCGUGGUAACGAAAUGUCUGAAGUACUUCGUGACUUCCCUGAGCUUACUGUAGAAAUUGACGGUGUCACCGAGUCUAUCAUGAAACGUACUGCUUUGGUUGCUAACACUUCAAAUAUGCCUGUAGCUGCUCGUGAAGCAUCUAUUUACACCGGUAUCACAUUGUCAGAAUACUUCAGAGACAUGGGUUACAAUGUAUCUAUGAUGGCAGAUUCAACAUCUCGUUGGGCAGAAGCUCUUCGUGAAAUUUCUGGUCGAUUAGCUGAAAUGCCUGCCGAUUCUGGUUAUCCUGCUUAUCUCGGUGCACGACUUGCCAGCUUUUAUGAACGUGCAGGAAGAGUAAAAUGUUUAGGUAAUCCUGAUCGUGAAGGUUCCGUUAGUAUAGUUGGUGCUGUAUCACCUCCAGGUGGUGAUUUCUCUGAUCCCGUUACUAGUGCAACUCUUGGUAUUGUGCAGGUAUUCUGGGGUCUUGAUAAGAAACUUGCGCAGCGUAAACACUUCCCGUCUAUUAAUUGGCUUAUAUCGUACAGUAAAUAUCUGCGAGCUUUAGAUGACUUUUAUGAUAAAAAUUUCCAAGAAUUUGUUCCUUUGAGAACCAAAGUUAAAGAGAUCUUGCAAGAAGAAGAAGAUCUAUCAGAAAUUGUACAGCUAGUUGGUAAAGCUUCCCUUGCUGAAACAGAUAAAAUUACGCUGGAAGUUGCCAAACUUCUGAAAGAUGACUUCUUACAGCAAAACAGCUACUCACCAUACGAUCGUUUCUGCCCAUUCUACAAAACUGUGGGAAUGUUGAGAAAUAUGAUCGCAUUUUAUGAUAUGGCAAGGCAUGCAGUGGAAUCUACGGCGCAAUCAGAUAAUAAAAUAACAUGGAACGUUAUUAGAGAUAGCAUGGGUAAUAUUCUCUAUCAGUUGAGUUCCAUGAAGUUUAAGGAUCCAGUGAAAGAUGGCGAAGCAAAGAUUAGAGCUGAUUUCGAUCAGUUGCACGAGGAUAUUCAACAAGCAUUUAGAAAUCUAGAAGAUUAAUUAUCAGAAACAAUUAUACGAACAUAAAUUCUCUAUGUUCAGGAACCUUAUAUGCUGGUCAUUUAAGGAUGUCCUGGAUCUACUGGAGAGAAGUAUAACGAAUAUUUCGUAAUCACGUAUCACGCAUUAAACUACUGUUAUAUUAGUUUCAAUACUUACAAAAUCUUGUACAUAAAAUGUUACAAAUAUAAAAUCUACUAUAAUUGUAUGUGUAUUAACUGAAUACUUAAUAUAAAAACAAUACGUGAUGGUUGAGAUAAUAAAAUGGUAGGACGUCCUUAAAUGCAUUUCCAGCUUAUAAAAAAUAUGUAUUAAGUACUAUAAUAAGUUACUGCAAAAAAUUUGGAACAAAGUUACAUGUAAUUAGUUGAAAAUGUUAAAGAGAAGACAAGUUGUCUGGAGAAUCAAGCUUCCUGUUAUUUUGUUUAGCAUAAAUGAAACAUGAUUGUGGAAGAAGUUAUGCAGAGAAACAUUUGUACGUGUGUCAAAUAAAACAUCGUAAAAAGCUCUCCAUUCAUCCAUAUAUAAUACAUAUUUUUCUUUCGAAAAGCAGAAACAUGCGCUUGUUUUAGCAGCAAGGGUGAUAUGAUAGCUUUUUACCUGGACAUGAAACUUUCAA